AUCUAAAACCCAUGCGCGUGAGCAUUGAAAGCAAUAGCAUAAGAGCUCGUUUCCACACGAGAGCCAAAAGUAAAGACGAGAGCAAAAGUCGCCGGCGAAAACGGAACUCGGUGAUCUCUCCAAGGUCUCUCGCGCAAUACAUCAAACACUUUGCAUUCAUGGUGGUCUCCUCUAAAUCUCUCUUGCCACGUGCCUCUGAAACUCUCUAGCUGUGUUGAUUCCGAAUCACUUGCCACACAUCAACGGCCCUCCUUUUCUCCGAUUACCUGAAACGCUCACCACCGAGUGUGGAUGGGCUAUGGCGGAACCGGUAACAUGGGCGCCGAAAGAAAGCAAACUGUGGAAAGCGGUUUUUGCAGUGUCUGGAAUCAUGAGCACUCUUGUGAUUUACGGUGUUCUACAGGAAAAGAUCAUUAGAGUCCCAUAUGGGGUGAACAAGGAAUAUUUUAGGUACUCAUUAUUUCUUGUUUUCUGCAACCGCAUUACAACAUCUGCUGUCUCUGCUGGCACUUUGAUUGUGAGUAAAAAAGCCUUGGAUCCUGUUGCACCAAUUUACAAGUACUGCCUUAUUUCCAUAUCAAACAUACUAACAACGACAUGUCAAUAUGAGGCACUCAAAUAUGUAAGUUUUCCAGUUCAGACACUGGCGAAGUGUGCGAAAAUGAUCCCAGUUAUGGUUUGGGGAACUAUGAUUAUGCAAAAGAGAUAUAAUGGACCUGACUAUUUGCUAGCCUUUCUAGUGACUGUGGGCUGUUCAAUUUUUAUUCUAUUCCCGGCAGGAAUUGACAUUAGUCCAUCUAGCAGAGGAAGGGAAAACACUGUUUGGGGCGUUUCCUUAAUGGUUGGGUAUCUUGGGUUUGAUGGCUUUACAAGCACAUUCCAAGACAAACUAUUUAAAGGAUAUGACAUGGAAAUACACAACCAAAUAUUCUAUACAACCGUGUGUUCUUGUCUUAUCAGCUUCACAGGACUUAUAUUACAAGGGCAUCUUCUUCCAGCUAUAGAUUUUGUUUAUCGCCAUAAUGAUUGUUUCUUUGAUGUUGCAUUUCUUUCAAUUGUGGCGACUGCUAGUCAAUUUUUUAUUUCUUACACUAUUCGCACAUUUGGAGCUCUCACAUUUGCCACCAUAAUGACCACAAGACAGUUGGCUAGCAUCAUGCUGUCUUGUGUGUGGUUUUCCCAUCCCCUUAGCUGGGAACAGUGGAUCGGAUCUGUUAUUGUCUUUGGUUCUUUAUAUGCAAAGAACUUCAUGAAAAAGGCACCUCAGAAAUCCGCAGCUCCAGAACAUACGCUAGAUGGAGCUUCAAGUCCUGUGAAGGCAAUCCCUUGAGACUGUAGUUUUCUUAUGGUUGUGUUGGCUUGCACUUAAGCUGCUUCUACUUGUGCUCGACAUAGGAAGUAUUACUCUAGGUCCAGGGCUCCUGAAGAUCCUGAAUGAGGAGCGCAAUGGGUUAACAGUCAUCCAAAUUCAAAUCUGCAUUAUAGGCAAUUUUGAAUUACCCCCAAGUUGGCGGCAGUUUAGCAGGUAAUAGUUGAAAAAUAGUUAGUGAGAUCCCAAAUUUCUGAAGGGACGAUGAUAUAUAGAUUGAAAGAGAAAAAAAAAUCUCAGUAAUUUUUCUCUCGAUGUUCUGUCUUUUGAACACAAAAGUGCAAAAGAAAUGUAAUAACUCUUCUUUAACCCUAUAGUUGGGAAAUUUUGGUGUUUGAUUGAGAUCUCUCAAAAACUAUUUUGAGUGCUUGACCGAUUGUCAUGCUUAUCUUCGCAGAAUUUACA